AUGAUUCGAUGGGCUCUGUUCUUGCCAGUAGCUUCUCACCAAUUCCACUGUAAUUACUCCAGUCCACUUUGGGAAGCUGGAAUCGAAUUUGGUCUCGAAAAUCGUAUAAUCCCAGGCUACAAUUGCUCUCUGGUGCCCACUGCUGCAAUGGUUUCAUCUGGCGGAAAAGUAGAUCCUCCUCUGGUUUCUUUAUCAUAUCCAUACACACAUGGAGGAGACGCUAAAGAUAUCAUACUAUCGGCGUUGGCUUAUUGGGAUCCAAAGUUUACAUAUUAUUCGGAAUGUUCCGAUGGCCUUGGAUGCGCAGAGCGUCAAGAUCCCGAAAAAUGGAGCGGAAAUUUCUCAUGUGUCUUCCAUAUUCGUCCAAGCACAUAUCCUCAGCAUUAUCGAUGGCGAUGCCGUUUCGGAAACAAUGCAUAG